AAAAAUUUAUAGUAGUUUCCCUUAUGAUACCUCUUCUUCUUUUCGACUUAAAUUUAUCAUGGGGACUGUUCAAGCUAAGGCAUUGAGUGAUGGCCAGCCUAAAGGGAUAAAAACUUCGUCUAUACCUAUAGAGAAGAAAAAUGAUCCAUCAGUGAUUAUUUUUGACAAACUGCCGGUUCGAGUACAGAGAGUUGUUGUCGAUGGCUUGACUAGAACUAAAGAUGACAUCAUCAUUAAGGAAAUUAAGCCUCUGCUCAGCGCUAAGACAUUUGAAGAGCUUGUACACCUCAGCUAUGGCGCAAAAGUUAAAAUGGAAAGACUGGGACUGUUCAAAAAUGUUGUGAUAGCAAUUGACGUCAGUAAAGAUAAACGUGAAAACGGAUAUGAAGUCUUGUUUGAAGUUCAAGAGUUUCGUCGAGUGGAUGGCGGCAUCUACACCUCAAUUAGUAACAAUGAUGGUAGCUUGGACUUCCAAGUCAAGAUGCCAAAUAUCUUGGGUCGAGGUGAAAGAUUCAGCCUGGACUACACAGUGGGUACUAAAAGGACUCAUGGCUAUAGUGCCUACUUCAGGAAGCCUUUGAAUAACAACCCAGACAUGUUUGUUGGUAGCACAUUGUAUCAGUUUCAUGGUGAGUAUCCCUGGAGUGGAUACAAACAGACUGACAGAGGAAUAGGAUUUGACUUCACUUUCCCAACUUUCCUAGGAUCACACAAUCUCCAAUGGGAGGCAGUCUGGCGAGAUUUGAAAUCUUUAUCCAGGGAGACUUCCUUUGCUGUAAGGGAGCAAGCAGGUCAUUCACUGAAAUCAUGUCUAAAGCACACAUUCUCCAUUGACAAACGAGAUGAUCCUAUCUUGCCAACGACUGGCUUCCUUUGGCAGACUAGCCAGGAAUAUGCUGGUCUUGGCGGAAAUGUGGAGUAUGCUAAACAGGAUGGAACUUUUCAGUGGAAUGUUUCUCUUCCAUUAGAUACGAUUUUUCAAGUAUCAUUAGCUGGAGGCAUUAUGAGGACCCUCGAUCCCAGAGCUUCUAUAUCUAUUAGUGAUAAGUUCUUCCUCGGUGGCCCACUGACUCUCAGAGGCUUCAAUAUGAGAGGUUGUGGCCCACACAGUCAUGAAAAUGCUCUCGGUGCUGAUUCUUAUUGGCUGACUGCUGCACACAUCUACAGUCCUCUUCCUUUCCGACCAGGCAAAGGAAGGUUUGGUGACCUGUUUAAAACUCAUUUCUUCAUCAACGCAGGGAAUUUAGGCAAUAUAGAUUUUAGCAACUUGUCAGGUUCCGUUUCCUCAUUGAUCUCAACACUCAGGUGGUCUUACGGUGCUGGGGUUGUGCUGUGUAUGGGACGCAGUGCUCGUCUGGAGCUGAACUAUGUUAUACCAAUGAGAAUACAGAAGGGAGAUAAAGCCAAUGCUGGACUACAGUUUGGAAUAGGAAUUCAAUUUUUGUAGACUUUGUUUUGUCAUGGUCCAAGUCUGACAGUGCCUGUUUGUUUUGUUGGCUUAGUUCAUUUGUUUUUCAAAUAUUUGUUUUAAUAUGAUCAAGGGCAUCAGUAAACAAGGGACAUAAUUAGUUUGUGUGUAGAUUGAAAUAUCAAUAAGUGAUAGACUUACUAUUGCCUCAGUGGACAUCAUACUUAUACAAUAUUUCAACUGUCCAGUGUAUAUUCUUCUAAGUGGUUGGCUUAUAAACUCUGGUUAUAUUCCUCUACUCAAAUUUUGAAUGAGCGUGUGAAUGUUAUGUUUGCAAGCUUUUAUGUUUGAAAGUUUUGACAGUGAACUGCUGAAUGUUGAACAGUUGUGCAAGAUUUACUCGUGUGUGUGAAUUGGUAAUCUUGACUUUUUGUUGUCAGAUUUAAAAUCUAUGAUCUUGUUUAGUGUUUGUGAUUUGGGGAUCACUGCAAUGACUAGAUGAUAAUAAAUAUAUUAUUUAAUCCAA